AAGGAUUUCUCUAACGGUCGCUAUUGAUGGAUGUACAAACGGAUAUGAUAUUGUGAGCGUUCGCGAUAAUUUUUCUGAGGACUGAGGGGAGAUUCUGCGCACUGCAGUAAGACUACAUUCAGCAAUGCACGCGAUUGGUCUGUGGAUGUGAUGGAUAUUGAAUGUUUGUCGGGAAACGAGAUCGCAUUUGGGCUUUCAUUAAGAACAAAGUUUGGUUGCAUGAAAACAUCGGAAAACAAUAUUGCUCAUCCAGUGUGACUGAGUGGUUCAAAGCCACUCUAUCCUUCGACAGAUGAGAAGCAACCAGUUCCUACAACUUAAUUUGCCUGCACUAGGGGAAAAGAAUGGUGUUUAUGGCAGAAAUCUCAAAACGUAUCGGAAUCAUCCCACAAAAAUAAUCACCCAGCCUGGAAUCGUAAUGAAAGUGUUGAGGAGAAAAAGAAUUGUACUGUUUAUAGCAUAUUUUCUGCUGUUAGUUCUCACCAUGCUGAACUUGGCUAACUACAGGUGGACUAAAGAACCUCAACAGUGCAAUAUCCAGAUGAGAAGCACACCAUAUCAGGGCAGGUCAGACAUUCGAUUUCUUUACAGACCAUCUCUUGCAAAGAAGAGACAGCUUGUAUAUGUUUUGACCACAUGGAGGUCUGGCUCAUCCUUUUUCGGAGAGCUGUUUAAUCAACACCCAGAGGUUUUCUUUCUGUAUGAACCGAUGUGGCACAUCUGGCAAAAGCUGUACCCGGGUGAUGCUGUGUCAUUACAGGGAGCAGCAAGGGACAUGCUAAGCUCGCUGUACCGCUGUGAUCUUUCAGUUUUUCAGCUGUACAACAGCCCUGGGGGCAAAAACUUCACCUCCCUUGGACUUUUUGGAGCCACACUUAAUAAAGUCAUCUGCUCGUAUCCUCUUUGCUCCGCUUAUAGGAAAGAAGUGGUUGGGAUGGUGGAUGACAAAGUGUGCAAAAAAUGUCCUCCACAAAGCCUCAGGCUUUUAGAGGAAGAAUGCCUUAAAUACAACACUAUAGUCAUAAAAGGGGUUCGGGUUCUGGACGUCAAUGUUUUGGCGCCCCUUAUGGAGGAUCCAUCUCUGGAUCUCAAGGUGAUUCACCUGGUUCGAGAUCCCAGAGCCGUGGCCAACUCCAGGAUCAAAUCGAGGCACGGGUUGAUUCGUGAGAACUUGCAGGUGGUCCGAAGCAGGGAUCCCAAACUGCGUCGGAUACCCUUUGUGGAUCCCGGCCACAAAAUGAGCAAAAAGGACGGCGCAGAUUACCAUUCGGUUGGGGCUAUGGAGGUGAUAUGUGAUCGGACGUACAGGAGCCUGAGGACUGCCUUAAAUCCUCCCGACUGGCUUAAAGGGAAAUACAUGGCGGUGCGCUAUGAGGAUCUGGUGGAAAAGCCUGUCAAAACACUCCGGAAUGUUUAUCAAUUUGCUAAUCUCAGUGCCAACCAUGACAUUGAGUCUUUUGCUCUUAACAUGACGAAUGGCACAAGCUCUUCCUCAAAGCCAUUUAUUGUGUCUGCCAGGAACGCAACACAGGCGGCCAGUGCGUGGAGAACAGUGUUGAGUAUUCAACAGAUAAAACAAGUAGAGGAGUACUGCCAUCAUGCAAUGGCUAUCCUGGGUUAUGAACGUGUGAGAACAGCUGGAGAAGCAAAAGACUUAAGUAAAUCUUUAUUGACCGCUUCCAAACUGUGACAGAGAUAGCGUUCUGAAACGGAGCAUCAGCUCAGCAACUGUGGAUUUGUUUGUUUAAAUCAAAGUGCUUUGAAGGAUUUCACAAUCUCUUUAUGGAAAGUCAUAGCUCUUUGUGGUCAUUCAAUGGCACCAUUACUUUUCUAAAUGGACCCGUAGAUGUUUGAUACGGCAGAAUCUGUGAACCACUGGAAAAUUUAUAUUGUACAAACCAAAUGUUGCAUUGCCCUUUUUUCCCAAAAUGGAUGCUUAAGGUUUUUUGGAAUGUUCUAGGUUUGUUUUUGAGUUUCAGUUAAUUUGCUGUAUGUAAAACUGAGAAAUGAAAACGGAAAAUGAGCAACAAAAAUACUGAUCAAAACUUGCAGAGUGCAGGUAAUGCUGUUUCUUUAGAAUCAAUUCAUGAAAGACAAUCAUUAAAGUUCACAAUCUCCACACACUUUAUGAAUGCCAGUGUUAUGUGUUAUGUAAGGCAUAUUUCUCAUUUUAUCAAAUAAAAACCUAAAGCAAUUCAUUGCAAAAAUCAUAAAGGCUUUAAUUUUACUGCUUAGUUGCUGCUGAAUUUGUCAAGAAAGCAUUUGAAUCUAGACUGGUUUCAUAAAAAUAUAGGGACAUUAUAUCUUCAAUUAUAGUAUUUUAAAGAAAAACAUUUUUUCUUAUUAUUUAAUAAUCACUGCAAACAUAGUUCAGAAUAGUUGAGCUAGUUCUGCAAAAAGAACCAGCUGCAUUUGUUGGCUGAUUUGUUGUUACUUUGUUUUGGUGUUUCGUAUUUAGAGUACAGCAAUGACAUUCAGAAAAUUUGUCAAAUAUGGUCCAUGUGUCUAAGCAUAGCUAGGAAGUUGGUUCGCUUUGCUCAAGUGCAUUCCAUGGGACCUCUGCUUACAACCUCUGUCUUAUAUUGGUCAAACAUAUAAUAUUGAUCUGCUUUUGCUGUUCAGAAAUGUGAAUGAGAGUGAGAAAACACCAAGCAAACAGGGUUUCACUGGUUUACCACUGACUGUUAAAUUGGUAAACCAGGACAAUAGUUUACUAUUAAGUAAACUGGCUGAUAAUAUAACUAUUGUACAAAGGGUUGAUUUAGGAAUUGUAGUUACUGAAAGAACAUUAACCAUAAUUGUCUGAUAGCAAGAGUCUCAAUCUGCUGAAUGGCUUUUAAUGGUAAAAAUCCAAAGCAAUGAGUAAACAAUUAACAA